AUGGCAGAACGGAAAGCCGCACCCUUAAUGGUCAUUGCGUCCAGCGAGUCCUCAGCUGGGACUAGGGGUGUGCCUCCGCCAUGUACGCCGUCUGGCCUCUCUACAGCCACGGAACAUCAGUGUCCAGAGAAGCAAUCAGGACAGGCUGCGCCAGAUGCGGAUGAUACUAAUCCCUUGCUGCCGCAGAACUGGCCAAGCAAGCGCAAAUGGAUGAUUGUGGUCGUCUUGUCCUUGAUGUCCCUAAUGGUCAACAUGUCGCUCGUCAUCUGCGCGCCUGCAAGUUCUGCCAUUGCUGAGGACUUUGGCAACCAUGACAGCUUUCUUUCUGUCAUCUACAUCACGGUACCGAACCUUAGCCAGGUCAUCUCACCGCUCUAUAUAGGUCCACUGUCCGAACGGCUUGGACGCGUGCCAGUGUGUCACUUUUUUAACGGGUUAUUCCUGAUCAUUACCAUGAUUGCGGGCUUUAGUACCAGUCUCUCCAUGGUCAUUGUGUUCCGGUUCCUCGCUGGUUCAUCCAUAGCCUCCAUUUGCCUGAACCCGGCUAUCACGGGCGAUCUAUUUUCGAUCAAGAAGCGUGGGUCUGCCAUGUCCAUCACGAGUAUGAUUCCCAUCCUGGGCAGUGCCGUGGGGCCCAUAGCAGGAGGAUACAUUACGCAAUACCUCAGCUGGCGGUGGACGUUCUGGCUGAUGGCCAUCAUCACUGGUGGAGUCUCAAUCCUCACGGCACUUGUCUCGAAGGAGUCAUAUGUCCCGGCAAUCCGCAGGAAAGCGCUAAGAAAGGCCAGCUCGAACGAGGAAAGGGUGAGCUUAAUGUCGAAGUAUAUCACAGGGUGGAACAUGGACACGGUCAAGGCGCUAGCUCUCCUUGUGAUCCGUCCCUUUGCCAUUUUAAGCAGCUGCCGCAUUGCUGUGCUUAUGGGCCUGUAUCUGGCCGUGCUAUUCGCAUAUAUUUCGCUUAUGGCCGCUACCCUUGCCACCAUCUUCCAGGACGUCUACGGCUUCUCCGAGAGUCAAUCCGGCCUCGUCUACAUAGCGCUGACAAUCGGCACGCUGAGCGGGGCUCUAAUGUGCAACUUUACUCUCGACUACUUCCUACAGCGGGGUCUGCCGUUCUCCAAGCCCGUCGACGAUGAUGACACCGCCACCGUCCCCCGUCCGGACAACCGUCUCAUCCCCAUCAUCCCCGGCAUGCUCGCCUUCCCCGUCGGCCUGCUCCUUAGCACCACCCCAAUCAUGAACUACUUGGUUGACAUCUUCGGCGACCGUGCCGCCUCUGCUGUCGCGGCUGUGCUGCCUCUGCGCUACAUCGCGGGAGCCUUUUUGCCUGUCGCCGCGCCGUACAUGUACGCCACUCUCGGCUACGGUUGGGGCAAUUCGUUACUGGCGUUUGUGCUAUGUGUCGUGGCUCGUGUACCCUUGCUAGUGAUAGUUCAGCCGCAGCGGAUGAGGGCGCUGACUGCGGUGCGGUCGUAG